AAACAGCGACACCUGGAGACCAAUGAAGACGUGACAGCUAGAACCAAUCGCUGGUCGCCUCUCGUGGUAGCAGGAAGAGACGGAGCCAUAGAACACCGUGCAGAGGCCGGGAUGGGGAAGAGGGUGUUUGUCACCGUGGGGACCACCAGCUUUGAUGAGCUCAUCUCCUGCGUGUCCUCUGAAUGCUGCACAAGUAUCCUCCGAGAACUUGGAUACAGCAGAAUGAUUCUUCAGAUUGGAAGGGGAACGGUGGAGCCAGAGCCGUACAAUACUCCCAAUUUUUCUAUGGAUGUUUUCCGAUACAAAGAUUCCCUUGUCCGAGACAUUAGGAAUGCAGAUUUAGUGAUAAGCCAUGCAGGUGCUGGAAGCUGCCUAGAGACACUAGAAGAAAAAAAAACCUCUAAUUGUUGUGAUUAAUGAAAAACUGAUGUCCAACCAUCAGCUUGAACUAGCCAGGCAAAUGCAUAAGGAUGGACAUUUGUAUUACUGCACAUGCAGUACCCUAGGGAACACGCUAAAGUCAAUAGAUCUUUCAUCUCUGAAGGUUUUUCCACCAGGCCAACCUGAAAAGUUUGCUGAAUUUUUAGACAAAGCAGUGGGGUUUACAUAA